AUGGUUCUCGGAGGCCAAUGUCAGUAUUUCUUACUCGAAGGUCGAUUUGGAGUGCCGGCAAGCAUCACGAAAGACAUAUCGAUGCGUUGCAACCUCGGCGAUAGGAUCAAUAAACUGACCGCCCUCCGCGCCAAGCUUCAACUCGCUACUUUCCCGGAUGAACUGGAGAAUGCCCAGUGGAAGUUUGGCUCACCUCUGGCAGAUAUCAAGCGGCUCACAGAGAGGUGGAGAAACGGGUACGACUGGCGCCAACAUGAAAAGGCAAUCAAUGAAGAGUUGCCAAUGUUUACCCGCGAUAUUGACGUGGAUGGUUUCGGCGCGCUGAACUUCAUUAUGUUCACAAGAAGAGCGAAACUGUUGACGCCAUUCCGCUGUUGUUUUGCCACGGAUGUAGGGCCUGGAAGCUUCUUUGAAGUCAUCAGGAUUUUGCCCCUCCUGACUGCAUCGACCGCUGAACACCCUAGCUUUCAUGUUGUGGCGCUUAGUUUGCCCGGUUUUGGCUUUUCGGAGGCUCCCCACAAACAAGGCUUUGGUAUCAAUCAAUAUGCUGAGGUAGCUCACAAACUCAUGGUCGCUCUUGGGUAUAACGAAUAUGUUACCCAGGGAGGUGACUGGGGUGGCAUCAUCACUAGGAAAAUGGCUUCUACGUAUGGUGGGAGGCACCUCAAGGCAUGGCACACCAACUUUCCAAUUCCUGAACCACCGAGCUGGAAAUCGCCCUUGUCUUUCUUGUCUUUCUUGCUAACUCCGUGGUCUAUAGAGGAAAAGGCAGGCAUCGAGCGCACCAAGUGGUUCCGCACCAAAGGACAAGGCUACUCCGCUCAACAGAGCACCCAACCACAGACACUCGGUUACAGUCUCACUGAUAGCCCUGUUGGCCUGCUUGCUUGGAUCUAUGAGAAACUGGUCCUUUGGACCGACAAUUACUACUGGUCUGAUGAUGAAGUGCUGACGUGGAUCUCGUUGUACUGGUUCUCCCGCGCCGGCCCUGCUGCCUCCCUCCGCAUUUACUUUGAAUUGCGUGGCGAUUGCGAGGAUCUAGGUCGAAACCCCACUAUUCCUAUGGGAGCUUCGUGGCUGCGCAAGUCGAACAACGUUGUUUUCGAGUCCCAUCACAAGACAGGAGGCCAUUUUGCUGCCACUGAACGGCCGGAAGAGCUUGUUCGGGAUGUGCGGAAGAUGUUCGCGAAAGGGAGUCCUGCGUUUGCAAUUGUCCCCGGAAGAACUGGAUAUGAUGCUCACGUUCAACAAUGA